UGGUUUAGAGGAGAACUGCCAUGGGAGAAACAUAUUGCUGACAAUAACAAACUGCAAAGAGAGAAAGAAAAGUGUAUGGAAAAUAUAGACCAUUUUUUAACUGUUUUAUUUCCUGAAAAAAAUUGCCCAGAAGGAAUUGUAAAACUUUUAAAAUAUGUUGGAGAUCUUGAAUUUGAACAAGAGCCUAAUUAUAAUUACUGCAGAAAGUUAUUAGAAGAUCAGUUAAAGAAGACCGGAAGUUCUAAAGAUGGCACUUUAGAGUUCAAAAGUUCUAUAAAGAAACCUGUGAAGAAAUUGGAAGAACCUCAGCCGAAAACAUCAGGUAAAGAAAAUGUAAGUAAGCCUGCCAGAAAACCUCAAACUAAGAGGAAAAUUGAUACACCAGUAGAGUUUGAGCCUGGAACUGUACUUACUCCUGCAAUGCUGGAAAUACUUAACAAAAGAAAUGAAACAAAGCCGAAAGCAAAGAAAAAAUAAUUUUUUUUUUCUCUCUAGUUUUAAAGUGAAGAUGAGCUUCACAAACUUUUAAAUAUAUUUUUGUAUGGAAAAAGAUUUAAUUGUGUAUAUUAGUAAAGUAUUACUUUUUUAAAUAACAUUUUCAUCUUUCAUCUGUAUCAUGAA